AUGUCCUCAAAUCCUCACUUAAUCUUUGCUGGCUCCAUCAGGUCCACUAUAUUUCGGCCAACACCAGCUUCAUGUCAUGCACCACAGAUGGUGGUAGCUGGGGAUACAGUUCCAAUCAACUUGGUUAUACCUCCUCAGUAUGAAGAAACCUCAUAUAUUGGGUUAUUCCUCAAAACUGGACAGUGCAUAGGCUAUGUCCCUCCACAUUUCCAAGCUUUUUUGAUUGAUGUUCUUGGGGGGAACAAAGCAAUCUUUGUCACGGAGCCUGCUGGAGGGUGGACUGAAAGUGUUUCCAAUCAAACAGAACUUCUUAAUACCCCAAUAGAAAAUACACCCCGCGGACAAGUUACAUUCUGGGAUAAUAUAAUACAUGGCAAAGGACUCUUUGGAAGACUUACAACAGGAGCAAUUACUCCUAGCGGUUCAAUUCUUGCUGAUGACAUGGGUCUUGGAAAGACAUUGCAGACCAUAGCAUUGAUUGCACAUACACUUGAGGACGCCCACAGUUUUGGAAAAAAAAUAUGA